AUGAUGCGCCGUACUUCUACUAGUGUCUCAGCGAUCGGUAAACUGAGUAGAGUUGGCUCGAAAAGUAGUCUGAAAGUAGAUUCGACCCCAGCACAGUCUAUCUCUGAGCCAGAUGUCCCCAGUCCAGUUGCAGAGUCGCCCAUGCGGGAGGCCGCUGCAGCGGAGGAAAGCCCUGUAAUAGUAUCACCUCUUGGCCCUUCGCCUCUUCACCAGUCGACGACAGCUCAGGAAGCUCCGUCCGUACAACCAAGUCCCCAACCGGCCCUUGUUCCUGCUCUGGAACCCGGGACGAUAACUGCUAGUCCUGAAGGCUCAGAGGCCCCACUCGUUCCAGAACAAAGCAAACCCCAGUCUCAAGUGGAGGCCUCGUCCAUGGAACCUCCUGCGGCCGUCCCAACGACGAGCGCCGUCAAAUCUCAGGAGGCAACACCUGCAGAGCCUCCUGCUGUCCCUGCACCUGCACCUGCACCUUCCGCACCUGGAUCCUCCGGAUCUACGUCCACUGUUGGUCAGUCUGGCGCAGUUGUCCCCGCCUUGACCGCUAUCGGCGACCUGCCAGUCUCGCCUUCCAUUCUCCCCCCCGGACCCACAGGCCCAAUAGCAGAGAAGAAAGGUCCAGACUAUUUCGGUUUCAGCGACGAACAGACACUCGCACCAGACUGGGCCGGCACAGCUCAUGCUGCUCCUCCUGUCCCUCAAGUGAUAUCAGCAGCCACGGAGGAGAAGCAUGGUCCCGUGCGCGCCGGGACCAACCACGCUGAGGCGUAUGCAUGGGGCACGGAGAUAUCGAUCUCGCCGAAACAGUCGAUGGCAAGCUUCGCCGAUCGCCGUGACGAAGGCUUCCAGCCAGCGCGAACGAGUCGUGCCGUGACUAGAGCAAGCAGCAAGACAUCGUUGACGUCGUCGUCUUUCGGUGAGGUAGUUGUCGCUACCGGUGGCAAGCGAGUGGCUGUCUCUUUGGAGCGCGGCGAGGGAGAGGGCAGACGAGGCAGAAGUCCUGGCCCUAAUGUUCGCGUGACAGUCGAGGAUCCUUACUCCGACCCGUUCGCUGAUCCUCCUCCGGACCCCAAACCGACUCCUAAGGUCACACCCAAGGCCACACCUAAGGCUGCUCCUGCCGCGAAGAUGCCUGCGCUUUCGCCGAUCGAGAGCUUGGAUACUCCAGCCCUGGAGAUUGCUGCAAACGAUGCUGAGUGGUCAGGACCGGUCUCCAUUCCUCUACCACCGCAACGCGAGGUCAUCGCCUCUAAGGUUGUUCAAGACAUACCAUCCGGUUACGUGUUAGGCGAUAGUGCGACAUCUGAUCAGGAUGGAGCCCGUCACGAGACUGAUGAGAGGCAGCCCCUUCUUCAACGUUCCUCUACUGCAAGCCUCGGCGGUAAUGGCAAGGUCAACGCAUACAAUGAUGCAUCAUCGAGAGCUGCUAUUCCGUUUCCUACAGGAUCAAUUUCUCCCGAGCCUGCGAGCACGUACUCGAUUGAGAACGUGGGCUGGAAGGAGCACGCCCUUCCCGACAGCACCAGUUACUAUGUGCAUUCCUCGCUCCGUGUUGUAACCGAUAUCGACCUUCGCAACGCACAGAAGCUGCGUGCAAUCAUGGAGUAUUUGAAGAGAUUUCCCAGCGAGGUCGCCACGCCUCCCCAAGGAUGGGAGCUCUGGAUCAGGGAGACGGGGAAGACCAAGAAAGACUUCAAGCUGAUUAAGAACUGGGUGAAUCACAAGGCACGGAUUCUGUCAUUUGACCCGCCUCCAACCAUCUCCGGUGACUCGCUACCAGAUCAAAUAAAUGACGACGACCGAUUGGACAUGGAGUAUCGUUAUUGGAUGUAUCUUGAAGCUCACCCCGCGCAUGCACCUCUCAUAUCCGAUAGUCGCGCAGAAGCCUUGGAUGCUCUGAGCUGGUCUUACACAGAUUCUCUAUUACCGGCCUCAAGAUCCGUUGCACCCCCAUUCGCACCGCAGGAAUGUCAAGAGCUCAUGACAUUACUUCGUUCUGUCGACGGUGUCAAUAGUACAGUGGUCGUACAAACUCACCUUGUGGCGCGGGUAAUGAUCAGAGUCGUACAAUGGCGACAAUAUCACUACAGACCAAAGAAACCACUUCCGAAAGACGCAAUAAAUGGUCUUAGACGGCCACAACACCGCACGCGGAUCGGCCGAAUCCUCGCAGACAUCCUCGUGUCCGUUCUGUGCUUGGGCAUUCCCUAUCUCUUCUUGAACCGCUCACGCCGUCAACGAGUUGAUAUGGAAAGUGGCGUGCGCAGCUCCGGACCUAUGUUCGUUAUCAGCGCAUGUGCUUGCUUGGUGGCUGCGAUCAUAUUAAGCGCCUCGGUGACGUUUAUUUCCUUGCCCGGCUUGGACGAUAUUUCCCGGAUAGCUGGCUUGCUCGCUAUCUUGUUCUCGGCUUCCAGUAUGAUCUCGGCCGUGGUCGCGCUCUUACAAUACAAGGCAGACGCAGAGCGGACAAUGGUGUACGUUGGUGGUGAAGGGCUCGUGCUGCUCACGAGGAGAAGUAUAAUCAUGUCCCUCCCACUCGUCUUCCUAGCGUGGGCCACCAUCACCUUUGUGUCAGGCGUCACAUACUACUCUUUCCGGGAUACCAUCCUAACCGGACGGUUUGCACUCCGCAAUCCGUUCGAGGAUCAUACUCAUAGGACAAUGGUCGGGACGGCGGGAGGAAUUGCCGGAUUGCUCGUCAUCUCGGCUCUUCUCGCUCACGCAUGA